CUCGGGCUGGCGGCGGGAUGGUUGUGUUGUUUAUUAGUGAGUUUUAAACAUAGACAGUAUAAGAACGGUUUUAAGAAGACAGAGCUCCAGGUACACCCGCACACUCAGAAUCCAGAGUGAGUCCAGCAGCCCCAGUGGACAUCUGCUGGAUUUCAGGACAAGAGAGGAAUGGAGGAGGACAACCAGAACCAGGAGCAGCGGAGCAACAAGGUCCCCAGAAGACCAGCAGCAGACUGGGACUCUGAUACCAGCCAUGUUCAGGUGCCCUCAGCAGACGUCAAGCAGGAGACCGGAGAAGGAAAGAAGGACAAGAAGGGCAAGAAGGCCGAGGAGGAGGAGCAACCUGCAGCAGCAGAAGUGAAGGAGGAAGAGGAGGAGCAACCUGCAGUACCUCCUGCCGCAGCAGCAGUCAAGGAGGAAGAGGAGGAGUAUGUGGUGGAGAAGGCUUUGGACCGCAGAGUGGUGAAGGGAAGAGUAGAGUUUCUGCUGAAAUGGAAGGGGUUCUCAGAGUAUGUAUGAGUCUAUAAUAUUAAUACUUUGUGUU